AGGACAUUAUUUAAAAUGUAAUGUCAUAAUCUACGUUGUUUAAUAUCUCCUUCUCCACUUGCUCACCAGUACCCAUCUUUACAGUUCUCUCACUUCACUGCUGCUGCUGCCGCCGCUCACUCUCUCUCUCUCCCCUUCAGGAUUUACUGCGAAAAAGAAUGGGUUCAGUUUCUCUGAAAAUAGGAGACGGAACGGCAAGAUUCAAGAGGGCGUCAGUUUGCUCUUCAGCAGUAAAUCUUCUCAUGCUUUUCUCAGUCAUCACCACAAAUCUAUUCGCUCUGUACGCCUUCACAUACCACCCCACAUCUCUUCACCAUCACCACUACCCGAAGAAUAUUUCUUUGAUCUCAGAGGAAGUGAGCUUAAUUCUCAGAGAGAUCGAAUCUUCGCAAAAGAAGCUGGCCCAGAUGGAGAAAGAUCUCUUGGGCUACGAAAGCAUCGAUCUUUCGAAACCCAACAUCGCGAAUGAGCUCAAAGAGUUUCUCAACCGCCAUCAGCUGCCAUUAGGGAAAGAUUCGAGAACUGGGAUCACCGAAAUGGUGGCAUCUGUGGGCCAUUCUUGCGAGAAAUCUACGGAUUUGCUGUCUGAAUUCAUGGGCUACAAAGUCAAUGGGCUCUGCCCCGACGACUGGAGUCUUGGUCAGAAGCUGAUUCUACAAGGGUGCGAGCCGUUGCCGAGGAGGAGAUGCUUCGCUAAGACAAUUCCUAAGGUGGGUUUGCAGCCGUUUCCUUUUUCUCUUUGGAAUAAUGUUAGUGAGAAGAUUUAUAGUUGGAGUGGUCUAGGAUGCAAGAAUCUUGCUUGUCUGAAUAGUAAGAAAUUGAACAGGGAUUGUGCUGGUUGUUUUGAUAUAACUCAUGGUUAUGAGACACAGAGAUAUGUUAAGGCUAGAAGCAAGAACGAUUUCCUCAUUGAUGAUGUGUUGGCUAUGAGUAGUGGUGGGGUUAGGAUCAGUUUUGAUCUUGGUGGUGGCUCUGGGACGUUUGCUGCUAGAAUGGCUGAGAGGAAUCUGACUGUGGUGACUGCCACAUUAAACUUGGAUGCCCCUUUUAGUGAGUUCAUUGCUGCUAGGGGGCUUUUCCCUUUGUAUUUUAGCUUGGACUAUAGGUUCCCAUUUUAUGACAAUGUGUUUGAUUUAGUUCAUGUAGCUAAUGGAUUGGAUGUGGGGGGUCGGCCCGAGAAGCUGGAGUUCUUGAUGUUUGAUAUUGAUCGUGUGCUGAGGGCGGGCGGGCUGUUUUGGUUAGACAACUAUUAUUGUUCCACUGAUGAUAAGAGAAGGGCUCUCACGCGGUUGAUUGAACGAUUUGGUUAUAAGAAGGUGAAGUGGGUUGUGGGGGAGAAGAUCAAUGGUGCAGGAAACUCUGAAGUUUACUUGUCAGCUGUGCUGCAGAAACCAGUGAGAUCAUAGGAGCUAGUGAGCUUUGAGAGUAGAUUUGCACUCUAUAGUAAUCCAAUUAUAAAUGAUUUCUUGAAGAUGUCAAAUAAGUGAAGAGGAAUGGCUGAUCACACCGUGUUGAUGUUUGCAACUGCUUUUUCUUCUGUAAGUCGUAUAGGGUUUUCCUAGGUAAUAUUUGCAUCAGCCGCAAGGUAAUAGAUAGACAUUUGAUGGAACUUUGUGAUUCAAAUUUUUAUUUGAUGCAGCUAGCAACUUGAAUUGUUGGCAAUGAGCUCAUAAAUCUGUAUGCAUAAGUCUUGAUUUGGAACUGGAGAAAUGUCUCAUAUUUAACAGAUUUAUAUAUAUAUCCUCUUUGAAGAGUA